AUGGACUCGGCACUCCAACGUUACGCGCUGUGCAUCGGAGGCCUGCUUCUUCUACUCUUGACUUCGCGAUUCAUCUACAGAUACAGAGGCCAUCUACACCCUCUCCAGACAGCCUUUCGGCUUCAAUUCCUUUAUCGCAAUAUGGGGAGACUCCCCAUACCGAUUGCUGUGUGGAGCCUCUGCUUCGUGGCUGCUAACAUAUUCAUACUCUUCAAGAGUCCCACCCUCCGAUCAGUCCGAGCUGGGUAUUUGGUCAUCUUCAACAUCCAGCCUUUGCUUUUGGCCGUUCAUUCGGAUCUCCUUAUCGAUCUGCUUGGUGCUAGCCGUCAUUCAUACUUUUUCUUCCAUCGAGCUGCAGCAUGGACGACGGCCGCUUUGACAGCCUUUCACAGCAUAGGCAUGGUCCUCAACGGUCGCUCGUUUUCCUUUAGCAGCCUUGGCAAUAUUUUGGCCUUCUCUGCUGCCUGUGCCGUCCAGCUUCUGAUACUUGCGUCCUUCGGAUUCUUCAGAAAUCGGUUUUACGAAGUGUUCAUCGUGCUACAUUACUGCUUAGCGGCCAGUGCUGCUGUAGGUAUUGCUUGGCACCUGCGGUCGGUCUUUGACUUUUCGAACCCCGGAUAUUUGGAAGUGUAUUGCGUUAGCUUUGUCACCGUUUUCUUAAUCCUCUGCGUCUAUCGUACUUGCUACCUCAUAUGCCGCAACCUGAAAGGGGGGAGGCUGGCAAGCGUGUCCGUCAGGCCAUCAGAUCGUGAUACAGUCGCGAUCAAAGUGACUGUUAAUUUGCCCCGCCCGUUGCGUGUUGCCGCCGGCCAGUACAUCAAUCUGACCGUCCCGUCGCUCGACGCGUCAUCCUCUAUCCAAAGCCACCCGUUUGUGGUGACUUCGUGGUCGAAAGAUAGGCAAAAAAGCCUGGACCUUUUUGUCGAGCGCCGGCGCGGGUUUACCAGGAAGCUCCAUCUGGCAGAUAGUCAGGAAGGACGACACGCCAUCGUCAGUGGGCCAUUUGGGAGACGUGUUUCACUGCUGGAGUUCGAUUUCGUGCUGCUGCUGGCGAGCGGCUACGGCAUUGCUGCUCAAGCAGCUUACCUCAGAGAGCUAGUAUCCGGGGGAAACAGACAAAAGGCCCAUCUUGUCUGGCUCAUCUCAAAGCGAGACAUUGUCAACCCGGCCGGCAAGUGGCUUCUCAACCCGGUCCUUGAUCAGGACACCAAGAAGGCAAGGUCUAUCCUCACCCUUGUGCAGACCCAGCUAACCGGACUUCAGAUGAUCUUGAUCUCCAUUUUCGACAACGUAGGGUCCUUGGAAGGCACCCCUUCUGCCGCUGACUCGACGGUGGCGAAGACGUUUGGCGGUCGAGCAAGACUGUACAAAGGAAAGCCGGACCUCAAAGCCAUCAUCAGAAAAGGCAUGCAAGAUUGUCUCUGCGAAGAAAGAAGUCGAAACGGACGUCUGUUGUUACUCGUCUCUGCCACUUUGGAAGCCAGACUCCACGUGAAGCGGGCUCUACGGAGCUACUUGAAAGAGCUAAAAGCUGGGUCAGAUCCCAGGACAAGCUACGGAAGCUGCAAUAAUUCUAUAGAUGUCUCCAUAGAAGAGCUGGACUUCCAGCCCGAGUAG